AUGGGUGACAUGAAAGACAGUGCAGCAGUUUGUUUCUCUGCAAGAAGAAACCCAACAAAAACUUUUCUUUCUCUUUCUCCUCACAAUUCAAAUUCUUCUUAUCCUUCUCACUCGUAUUCUUCUUCUCCUUCUCAUGCUGCUAUUUCCUCUUCUUCUUCUGCAGCAACAGACGGCAGCAGCUCGAUUGGUGGGGGGAGAACAGACAGCAGGCAAAUGCGCAGCAGCAGCAGCAGCAGCAGCAGGCAGCAGCAGCAGCAGCAGCAGCAGCAACAGCUGCUGCUGCUGCAUGAGUGGCAGCAGCAGCAGCAGCAGCAGCAGCAACAGCUGCAGCAGCAGCAGCAACCGUUUCAGCAGGACUUCUUCUAUCAGCAGCAGCAGAUUUGGUUCUACUGCAGCAGAGGAUCGUAG